GAACAAAGUGUGGAUGCUUCAGUCCUUCUCAGAAGGGGGAACAAAAAUAUUCAUAGGAGGAAAUAUGGAGACAAAAUUUGGAGCAGAGACUGAAGAAAUGGCCAUUCAGAGCCUGCCUUACCUGGGGAUUCAGCCCAUAUACAGAUAGUCACCAAACCCAGUCACUAUUGCUGAUGCCAAGAAGUGCAUGCUGACAGAAGCCUGAUAUAGCUGUCUCCUGAGAGGCUCAGCCAGAGCCUGACAAUUGCAGAGGCUCAUGCUAGCGGCAAACCACUGAACUGAGAACGAGUUCACUAUUGGAGGAGUUAGAGAAAGGAUCAAAGAAGUCGAAGGGGUUGGGACCCCAUAAGAAGAACAAUACUGAGGUUGAAUAUUGAGUGUCCUGGGAGGUCAGAUUGCAGUCAGACAUGGCUGCUGGACAUGGUCACGAACAUGGACAUGGUCAUGGUAAAAUGGAACUUCCAGAUUACAGACAGUGGAAAAUUGAAGGGACGCCAUUAGAAGCGAUGCAGAAGAAGUUUGCUGCACAAGGGCUGAGAGAUCCAUGGGCUCACAAUGAGGCUUGGAGAUAUAUGGGUGGCUUUGCAAGCAAUGUUAUCUUCACGAGCGUAAUAGUAAAAGGAUUCAAAUGGGGGUUUGCUGUGUUUGUGGUAGCUUUAGGGGCUGAAUAUUUUCUGACUUCCCAGAAUGAGUGUAAGAAGCAUCACUGAAGACAGCACCUUGUGAUAUCUUCCAUGAAAAUAAGAUUCUUUCACCAUAGCAUCCUUGGC